AUGAGAAAAACCUCCGAACCAUAGAGUUCAGUUCCUAGCUGGGCCUCCCAGCCCUCCACUUCCGCUUGACCGCCUAAAACCGCGCCUGCGCAGUUGGCUACUUCCUCUCUGGGCUUGGACCUAUGUUGCUGCGUCAUGGCGAAACGCACCAAGAAGGUCGGAAUCGUGGGCAAAUACGGGACCCGUUAUGGUGCCUCCCUCAGGAAAAUGGUGAAGAAAAUUGAAAUCAGCCAGCACGCCAAGUACACUUGCUCCUUCUGUGGCAAGACCAAGAUGAAGAGACGAGCUGUGGGCAUUUGGCACUGUGGUUCCUGCAUGAAAACGGUAGCUGGUGGUGCGUGGACCUACAACACCACUUCUGCCGUCACAGUAAAGUCUGCCAUCAGAAGACUGAAGGAAUUGAAGGACCAGUAGAAGCGCCACCAUUUGAUACGUUGCUAGCCUAUAAUAAAUGGGUUAAUUUAUGUAACAAAA